AAAUCGUCUGCUGGUGCAUGGUUGACUAUGUGAAAAAUAUUUCGUAAUAAAAUUGUUUUUUGGUGAUGAAUCUUCAAUAGUUAUUUCGUGGAAAUCGCUGGACUUUAGCUAUUUAUUUUGCUUCUCAUUCAUUUAUUAAUUAUUAAAAUGUCUUCUUCACCUGCUAAAGAUACCAAGGACCCUAUAUUUAAAGACCUUAAUGCUGAUGCGGAACCUGAAAUUACAGAAAUUGAAAGUCUUUGCCUAAGGUGUCAAAAUAAUGGAAUGACAAGAUUACUGCUGACAAAAAUUCCAUUUUAUAAAGAAGUUGUAAUAAUGUCCUUCACAUGUGACCAUUGCCACUGGGAAAAUAAUGAGCUAAAACCAGCUUCUAUAAUUCAAGAAAAAGGGGUUUCAUAUAAACUGAAUGCCAGAAGUAUUAGAGAUUUAUCAAGAAUUGUUGUGAAAACAGAAUGGGCAAGUGUUAUGAUUCCAGAAUUCGAUUUUGAAAUUCCUGCACAAUCUCAGGAAGGCACUGUAACAACUAUUGAAGGAAUAAUUGAUAGAACUUGCAGUGGACUGAAUUCUAAGUUGAACUAUUUAAAGAUUGAGGAUUCAGAAUCGGCUUCAAAAUUGUCAGAAUUUGUGGAAGAACUAACAAAACUUAAAACUGGAGAUGUUCCUUUCACUUUUAUUGUGCGUGAUUGCUCUGGAAAUAGUUUUCUUGAAAAUUUAUGUGCUCCUAAGCAAGAUCCGCAGUUAGAAGUUACUCAUUUUGAGAGGAACAGAGAGGAAAGUCUUAUGUUAGGACUUUAUUCUGAAGACUUUGAACCAGAGGAGAAAUGUAGUGGAUCUGAUGAUGAUGCUAGUGACUUGAAAGAUGAAGUUUUGGGUUUGCCAACCAACUGUUAUUCUUGCAAUGCACCUUGUGUGACAAACAUGAAAUUAACUCAGAUACCUCAUUUUAAAGAUGUAGUUAUAAUGGCUACUACUUGUGAUGCUUGUGGCCAUAAAACCAAUGAAGUGAAAAGUAAUACUGGAAUUGAACCUUUAGGUGUGAGAAUUACUUUAUCUAUACAGACUCCAGAAGACUUAUCGAGAGAUGUCUUAAAAUCAGAUACCUGUAGCAUCUGCAUAAGAGAAUUAGAAUUGGAAGCUGGUUCUGCAGUAUUUGGUGGACGAUAUAGUACUGUUGAAGGAAUAUUAACUACCAUUAAAGAUGAAUUGAAGAAAAAUAAUCCUUUUUUAUGUGGAGACAGUGCAGAUGCUUUAUUAAAAGAAAAAAUGGAGCAGCUUUUCAACAAAAUAGAUGAAAUAAUUUCUGGUUCAAGGAAAGCAACUCUUAUUUUUGAUGAUCCUUGUGGCAACAGCUAUUUGCAGAGUUUAGGAGAUUCUGAUGAAAAUUUAGUUAUCGAGAAAUAUCAAAGAACUUUAGAGCAAGAUGAAGAACUGGGAAUAUUGGAUAUGAAAGUUGAAAAUUAUGAAGAAACUUGAAAAUGAAUGUAUUUAUGCUUCCACUGUGUAAAAAGUAUUUUUAAAAUCUCGCCUUUAAAAAAACAAUUGAUUCAAAUUAUAUAUAUCAUUGUGAAAUAAAACUUUUAGC